GCCUAUCAGUGCCAGUCAGUGCCGCCUAUCAGUGCCACCUAUCAGUGCCAUCAGUGCCUCCUCAUCAGUGUCAAUCAGUGCAGCCUAUCAGUGUCCAUCACUGCAGCCUCAUUAGCGCACAUCAGUGAAGGAAAAAAAUCACUUAUUUACAAAUUUGUAUAACAAAAAGUAAAAAAAACUUUUUUUUUUCUAAAUUUUCAGUGGUUUUUGGUUUGUUUAGCAAAAAAUAAAAAACCCAGAUGUGAUUAA